AAUGUCGUCGAAAGCUCAAACGAAAUCAGUUCGUCUUAUGACAAUAUUAGCAUAUGUAUUAGCUGUGUCUUUGGCUGCCAUAGCUCUAGCUGUUUAUUACACUUUCUUUUGGGAUCCUGCAACGGCAAUUCGUACUUCCGUUCAACCCACUCCAAACGUUGAAGUAACGACACCGAAUCUCUUAGAAGUAAAUCACGCGGAAGACUGA